GCACCGCCACCGCCCCCACCACCAUCGGUCGCCGCCGGGAACUUGUUCUAGCUCCGGCAGCCACCUUUCCUUUCUGCAGUAACUUUGCCUAGAAGAUGCGCCAGAUCUAAUGUUGCUCUCCUUGAUGAGUGGCUAAAGCUUUCGUAGGCUGUUCCCGAUUCUAUCAGCCCAGUUAUGGUCGGGAGAUGAUUGCUUGCAAGAUUCCUGGAUUGCGUGCAUAUUGUUCUUUCUUUCUCCCUCCCUCGGCGCGGUUGGCGCCAGAUCUUCUCAGCAGCGGGAAAAGACGCGCAAAGGUUUCUGCCGUCCACCCGAUUACUGAGAUAUAACUUUGUAUAUUUUGCGAGGAGAGCGGGUCAUCUUCUUUUGCUCGGUGGUGAAGAUAGAAGUUCUUCUCGACCUUGCGUUUUGCUGCCGCUGUUUCCACGGCUGUAUGUCUAUGUUUUUUUGAAUGGCUGCACCAUGGCUACCGCAACGAUGGUUUGCAGAGUGCAGUUUCUGGACGACACCGAUCCUUUCAAUAGUACUAAUUUUCCUGAGCCCACCCGGCCACCCCUCUACUCCUUCAGGGAAGACAUCCCCCUGGUCACCCAACUGGCCGGGGUCCACCGCCUGCUAAAAGCUCCGCAAAAGCUUGAUGAUUGUGCACUGCAGUUGUCUCACAAUGGUACCUACUUGGAUUUAGAAUCUACUCUAGCUGAGCAAAAGGAUGAGUUGGAAAGUUUCCAGGGGGAAUUUGGUAGGGGAAAAAAACACAGCAUAAUUCUGAGAACCCAACUUUCAGUCCGAGUUCAUGCCUGCAUUGAGAAAUUGUACAACUCAAAUGGACGGGAGUUAAGGCGGGCCCUCUUCUCCUUGAAACAGAUAUUUCAAGAUGACAAGGAUUUGGUUCAUGAAUUUGUUGUAGCAGAAGGCCUGGCUUGUUUAAUAAAAGUGGGAGCUGAGGCAGACCAGAACUACCAGAAUUACAUCUUGAGAGCACUGGGACAAAUUAUGCUGUAUGUUGAUGGGAUGAAUGGAGUAAUAAAUCACAAUGAAACCAUCCAGUGGCUGUACAUACUAAUUGGGUCUAAGUUUCGCCUGGUGGUAAAGACAGCAUUGAAAUUGCUCCUUGUUUUUGUGGAGUAUACUGAAUCCAAUUCAUCUCUUCUUAUUGAAGCAGUGGCUACUGUUGAUGCAAAAAGGGGUUUCAAGCUAUGGUCCAGUGUCAUGGAGAUUUUGGAGGAAAAGGAUGGACUUGAUACAGAAUUACUAGUUUAUGCAAUGACUUUAAUAAAUAAGACAUUAUCUGGCUUGCCAGAUCAAGAUUCUUUUUAUGAUGUUAUUGACUGUCUAGAAGAGCUGGGGAUGGAAAUUAUUUCCCGGAAGCAUCUGAACAAGAAAGGAUCAGAUUUGGACUUAGUAGAGCAAUUCAACAUUUAUGAGAUGACAUUGAGACAUGAAGAUGGUGAUGAUAGUGGAGAACCUCUUCCUAUUGCCUGCAAAGACAGAAGAAGAACUAGUCUUGGUUCCAAUGAACGAAGAGGGCUGGAACGUAGGAAGAGCAGGAGGCAUUCCAUUCAGAGUGUCAAGAAUACUUUAUCAGCCCCUGCUAGCCCCUGCACUCAUUCAAGCCCUAAUUUCAUGUGUGGCCAUAGACAGAGCACUGAAGAAUAUAGUGAGAAAGAGAAGGCUUAUGACGAGGAGGAAGAACAGCCAGUCAUAGAGUCUGGUACAGAGGAUGAGAGGGAGGAAAAGGCUACUGGGCAGGUCAAUGCCAGUGGGUUCUCAGAAAUACAGAAGGUUAAACAUGCUCCACAGAAUUUUGAUACUUCAGUCAUCUCAAGUGUUAUUUCUCAGGAUGAAAGGCUUUCCAGGAACUGUAGAACAAAUAUUUCCAAUAGCUCAUCAUCACUUGAUUCAGUUGCUUUGCAUCCUUUUCCUCAUCAUUCAUCGUCCUCCUCAUCUGUCAAAGUUACUUCCCCAAAUUCAUCAUGUGUUACUCCAAAGACAUCUCCAAAUGUUGAAAAAUUACCUUAUGUACCAUAUAGCCCCUUUCACCUCUUCUCUUAUGAUGUUGAAGAGCCUCAAACAGCAAUGAGAGAAAAGGAAGAAGAGUUCAGAGAAAACAGGACAUCUUUGGGUGGUCUCCUUACAUCAUCAUAUAGGCAACACCAAGAGUCCUUGGCAGUAGAAAGAGAACGAAGACGUCAAGAGAGAGAGGAGAGGCUUCAAAGAAUAGAACGUGAAGAGAGAAACAAAUUCAAUCAAAAUUAUCUAGAUAAAAGAGAAGAACUGAGACAAGCAAGAGAAGAGAGAUAUAAACACUUGGAAAAAUUGGCAGCUGAAGAAUAUGAAAAGGAGCUGAAAAAUCGAAAUUUAUCUUGCGACAGGAAUGACCUAUCCUUGAAUUUGGGUGGUUCUUCAAUCCCAACUGUUACCAUUCCCAAGUGUGCCAGCCCAGGUUCAACAGAUUCACUUGAGAAACCAUCAGCUUGUGUGACUUCUUGCAUAACAUCACAAAUUCUAGAAGUGAAUGCCAGUCAGCCUGAAUGUGAACCUGAACCUGAAGCCAAGAAAAAAACAAAAUCAGAACUGGAAGAUGAGACCAAGUUCAAUCAGGGAACAGAAACAACACUCAUAGCAGUAAAAGGUGCAGAGGUAGAAGUGGGUCGAGAGCCAGAGAGAGAAGAAGGGGCAUUAAGUGAAAAAGAAAGGCAAAAUGAAGAUUUGAAUGAAAAAGACAACUGCUCAGCAUCCAGCCUCUCUUCAGCAAGCAGCACUUUAGAGAGAGAAGAACCAGAGCAAAAACUAAGCAAUAAAGAUAAAGCCGGCCCAUGUUUGCAAUCCAUACAAGAUGAUGAUGUGAACGAUCAGUACAACAACAUCCUCAACAAUAAACGGUUCAUGCUGGAUAUGCUGUAUGCCCAUAAUAAUUUGCCUUUUACCAAGGAUGAAAGAGUUAAAGAAUUGGAGGCAAAGAUAGAUAUAAAGAAGGUGUUGAAUGCAAGUGAAGAUACUGAUAUCAGCCUACACAGCAGGAUUUCAGUCCUACAAACUAGUAAGCAGGCCAAAGAUGAAUGUUUAAAAAAAAUGGAGAUUGGAAGUUUGGAAAAUCAAGGCAAUGUGAAGAUUUUUACGGAAAGAUUCAACAGUGGUGAUGUGGCCAAAAUUUCUAAUUUAUCUGAAAAUGAUUUUAAUGAAAAGAUUCCUGAAAAAAUACCACUGCAAGUUAAAACAGAAUCUGACUUUAUUUGGGAUCAACUCUUGGCUAGUCCAAGAAAACUGAAAAUCAAAGAUAUGGAUUUCACAGAUUUAGGAGAUGAGGAUGAUAUUGACAUAUUGGACAUACAGAUCAGUCCUAGUGAUGCCCUGGUUCCCCCUCCCCCACCCAUACCUUCUGUUUUAGGUUUUCCUCCUCCACCCCCUCCAUUGCUUUAUAGAUGUCCUCUUCCACCCCCACCUUUUGGUAAUUUAUUGGCUCCAUGUCUAUCAAGCACUCCUCAAAGUUUAGGGUCAGCCCCACUUCCUAGAGAUCAAGCAAACUUUAUAAAAAAGAAGAAAACCAUCCGUCUCUUUUGGAAUGAGGUGAGACCAUUUGAAUGGCAGUGCAAGAAAAACAGACACUGCAAAGGAUUCCUGUGGUCAAAACUAGAGCCUAUUAAAGUAGACACUGCAAAAUUAGAACAUCUUUUUGAGACUAAAUCCAAGGAUCUUCCUAUCACAAAGAAAACUGCUGCAGAUGGCAAGAGGCAAGAAAUCAUUGUCCUGGAUUCCAAACGGAGCAAUGCUAUUAAUAUAGGGCUGACUGUAUUACCACAUCCAAGGACAAUCAAGGUUGCCAUUUUGAACUUUGAUGAAUAUGCCUUAAAUAAGGAAGGAAUAGAGAAAAUUCUUACAAUGAUUCCCACAGAAGAGGAAAAGCAGAAAAUUCAAGAAGCUCAAUUAGCCAAUCCUGAUAUUCCACUGGGUACUGCUGAACAGUUCCUACUGACUCUGUCUUCCAUUACUGAACUCACUCCUAGACUUCAGCUCUGGGCAUUUAAAAUGGAUUAUGAGCUUGUGGAAAAGGCAUUACAGGUUCCAGAGGUGGAAGCUCCUGUGGCCACCCUGGCGUCCCCAACGCCCAUGGUGGCGAGUGAUGUGGUGGACAACCUGAAGGCAGAAGAUAAGAGGACUGAACUGGCCUUGCGUAAGACUUUCCUGGUGGCAACGUGGGUGAUUAAGGCCGCUUCUUCUGCAUCCUUCUUCAAUCACGCCACACUGAUGUGGCUUGAACAAAUGCAGGAGCGUGUUCUGGCACACGAUGUGAGACUGCUGCAGGACAUCAGCAAGGUCAUUGCUGCGACCAAGUUUUCAGCUGAUGCAACCUUGAAGUUUGCCUCCAUGGCUCUUUCUUCCUCUGUUUCAGCAAGGCGGAUGGUGUGUCUCUGGAAUUUGCAGGCAGAUGCCAAAGCGAAGUGGAAGCUGGCGGCUGGCCCAUAUGUGGGGAAGAAGUUAUUUGGCGAGGUUCUGGACCCAAUUUUUAUUGAGAAUAAGAACAAAUGUAAGGCUUUGCCUGUCACAACUAAGAAGCAGGAACACAAGUAUACACCAUAUACAUGCAGGGCACCCUAUAGGGUACUUAUGAAAAAGCUUCUAUUUGGAGGGAAAAUUGAAAGUGAUAAGCAGAAGAGCUAUCUAAAGCAUGUUUGGGAUAAAAUGAAGAAUGGAUGUGUUCAAAGCUUUCAGGUUCAAGACCAUACCAUGUGGCGAAAAACUAAAGCCUUUGAACUAAGCUACCUUGAGAAAGUGCCUGAAGUCAAAGAUACAGUCCAUAAACAAUCUCUUCUUCAUCAUGUAUGCACAAUAGUGGUGGAAACAUUUCCAGAUAGCACAGAUCUUUAUUCUGAAAUUGGAGCCGUCACUAGAUCAGCCAAGGUUGACUUUGAACAGCUUCAGGAUAACUUAUGUCAAAUGGAAAAAAGAUGCAAAGCAUCAUGGGAUCAUUUGAAGGCCAUUGCAAAGCAUGAAAUGAAAUCAACAUUAAAGCAAAAAAUGUCAGAGUUUCUUAAAGACUGUGCAGAAAGAAUAAUAAUUUUAAAGAUUGUCCACAGAAGAAUAAUCAACAGGUUCCACUCCUUCUUGUUAUUUAUGGGCUAUCCUCUUUAUGCAAUCCGUGAAAUCAACAUCAAUAAAUUCUGCAAGAUUAUUAGUGAAUUUGCACUGGAGUAUCGUACCACCAGGGAACGGGUUUUGCAACAGAAACAGAAGCGAGCCAACCACAGAGAAAGGAACAAAACCAGAGGGAAAAUGAUCACAGAUACAGAUGAAGAAGAUGACAUUGAGUCUGGAAAAUUCUCUAGUAGCUCUCCGACACCUCACAAUCAAUUGCAAGGGCUCCAGGAUACCGAAGACGCUGUAGAACAUGAGAACAUGAAAGCUGUUCUCAAGAUAUCAUCUCCAACUGGAGAGAACAUUGCAUUAGGAAUCCGCACUCGAUCUAGGGCCAAUCAAGGCUAUGCAGGUUCAUGGAACCCUAGCAAUGAUGAUUUGACUAAUGCUACAGACAAUGCAGCAGAUGAGAUAAUGGAUCGUAUUGUCAAGUCUGCCACACAAGUACCAAGUCAGCGUGUAGUACCCAAAGAAAGAAAGCGAUCAAGAGCAAACAGGAAGUCAA